AUGAGCGGCAAGAUUAUCAUCAAGAAUGCUGAUGGCUCCGACGUGACGCAGGCGAACGGGACGGCGCUGAGUCAGCCACAGGAGUUGAGUCUCUACUCGGUCCCCAGCCUGGAUACCUUCGAUACCAUGUGUGGCACUACGAACGCAAGUGCCUAUGCAGAUGGUGGUCAGAAGGAGUGCGCGGGGAAGUUCUUGCCGGGGACGCACGACACGGACUUUGAGAAGUGCAUGCAGGCAAUAGACUGCAUGAUGAACAAGGAGAUGCGUGUCGUGGGCUUUGACAGCCACCAGAGUCACAUCGUCACGUUCAUGCAGCAAAUGAUACCUCAUCACGCUAAUGCAGUCAACAUGGCCAAGAUCUUGCUUAAGCACGCAGAGACUCAAGUGGCAGCGGUAGAGGACUUGGAGGACAUCAUGUGGGGCAUGAUAAAUGUCCAAAACUUUCAGAUCCACGUGAUGCGCAAUUACCUGGCAAAUCAUGCUGCUUAUGGUGACACCAUCCAUGACGGGGUUCCCUUGCUUGCCACUUCAGUAGGUGAGCACUGCGAAUCGACCCUCGAUGUGGAUGUUGUGAUCCCGACGCAGUCUCAGAACCUCAGCCCGACGACCUCAGUGUCAGGCUGCACGCCCUCGGAAACGAUGCUUUGCAUGAAGGUGGGAGCAGUGAGUCUGCUAAUCAUGGGUCAUUGGUUCAUAUUGGUUCUACACUGUAGAAUUCUGCCUGGUGCUUUUGAUUUAAAGCAGGGAUCCCAAGACACCACCCCGAAACGCUACAUUCCAUUUGUGGAAGCCAGAAGGUGA